AGGAACCCUCCAUAAGAUUAAUAAUAAAAUUACUUAAAUAAUAAUAAGAGUCCGAGACUGAUCCAAAACUUCUUCAAGCUGCAUCCUUAAACCCUAAACCCUAAUAAUAAUACGAGUCCGAGCUUGAUCCAAAACUUCUCCUAAACCCUAAUUUUCUUCCUUCCUCUCCAAGAUACUCCAUUAGAUCAAUGAGCAAGAAACGGAGUCGAGUUGUGUGGUCGUCGAGUCUUGGAGACACAGGUCUGUUCAACAACAUACAGCCCAUAGAAACUCCGGCAGCCGUUUCAAGACCAAAGCCGAAGCAAUGGGAGCGGCCUCGCCGGAGCAUUCUGACGUUGGGGUCACCGCUGAAGGACUCGAACGAUGAUGGAUCUGACAUUGACGAAAGCUUUGGGGUGUUUCUUCAGUCUUGUUUCUACUGCAGAAGGAAGAUUAGUCCAAAGGAUGAUGUAUUCAUGUCUGGGUGCGUAUAUAUGCGUUACCUGCGCGCAUUUUGCUCCGAGUCAUGCCGAACCACACACAUUGCUCUGGAGGAGGCCGAGCAAGACGCGGCUUCCCGACCAACACAAGCCACUGACUGCCUCACCUCCAUUUAAAAAUUUUAAUACUUGACUCAAACUGUGUAGAGAAAGCGAAGAGCUGCUGUUAUUAUGCUGACAACAGCUUAUGCUGGAUACUUUUUUUUUCUCAUUUCAUUUGUUAGAAGUAGGUCGGAGAAGAGAAGAAGCUGCAUGUAAAGCAGGGCAUAGAGCUUUGUAUUUUUUAUUCUUUUGGAUUUACAGGGUAAGGGCUGUCAUAUGGCUGUAUCUGCAAAUCGAUAAAGCAUUGAUCUUCAUGAGAUGUUCAUAUACUUGUGAUGA